AGUUUAACCGCAGCAGCAGAAUGGAUCUGUCAUGUUUAUUACUCGUUGCAAUCUUAGCGCUUUCAAUACUGUAUUGGUUCUGUACAAAGACUUUUGAUCAUUGGAAACAGCAAAAUGUGCCGUCAGUACCAAAUCCGCGUCCUUUCUUUGGGCAUUUUUUACCCGUCCUUUUUAUCAAAGAAAGUCUGAUCAGCUUCGUUCAUAAAAUUUACCAACAAACCGAUGCCAGUAUGAUAGGUCUGUUUUUGUUACGAAAACCAAUAUUGCUUGUAAGAGAUCCAGAAUUAGUGAAAUCCAUCUUUCAAACUAGUUUCAAUAAGUUCCACGUUAAUGGUUUUGAUCUCAGUGAAAAAAACGAUCCUAUUUUGGUGAAGAAUCCAUUCUUUACGGCCGAUCUACAUCUUUGGAAAACAAGAAGAGCUAGAAUCGUUAAUCAUCUGUCGGGUAGCAAAUUGCGACAACUUUUCGUCAUUGCUGAAGAAGUGUGUUCAAAAAUGUGCCAGUUCAACGAUAGGAAGAUCAAAGAAAAUGGUGAUUAUUUUGAGUGCGAACUGAAAGAGUUCUUCGUGAAGUACACUGGAGAAAUUGUUGCCAAUGCCGCUUUUGCGAUUCAAGGUCAAAGCUACGAAGAUAAUCCCGACCGGCUGGCCUUUGCUGUCAUUGCCAGAAAACUGCUUAAGCCCUCGUUGAUGAAUGCUUUAAAACAGGCAAUGCUUUUUUACUUUCCUGAGGUCGGCAGUGCAUUAGGAAUCGGUAUCAUGGAAAAGAGCACUGAUAAUUACUUCAGAGAAAAUAUAAAGUUGGUCCUGAAGGAAAGAAAACGAUCGAACGUGGCUCCAAAAGACUUCUUACAAUCCGCGAUAGAGGCCAAUGGAAUCGAUGACAUAGACAGCAUUAUUGCUGAUGCCAUCAUUUUCUACGGCGAUGUUUAUGAAACGUCGAGCACGACUUUGGCUAUAGUAAUUUAUUAUCUAUCCGAAUACAAGGAUAUUCAAAAUAAAUUACGAACAGAUAUAUCCUCGAAAUUGCAAGCAUCGGGAGGUGCAGUAAAUUACGACUUUUUGAAAAGUAUGAAUUACUUAGAUCAGGUGAUACAAGAAUCUAUGCGUUUGCUAACUCCGGCAGGUACUUUAAUGAAAGUCUGUACCGAGGAAAUAACUCUCAAAGGAUUUGACGGCAUAACGUGUAAUCUCAAGCCAGGAACCCGCGUUUUCAUUUCGUUAACAGGAUUACACCUUGACAGUAACUAUUGGCCAGAACCAGACGUCUUUGACCCUGAACGCUUCGCUCCUGAAAAUCAAGCUAAUCGCCAUAAAUUUACCUUUAUGCCAUUUGGAGAAGGACCUAGAAUGUGUGUUGGAAUGCGGUUAGCACUCAUGAUAAUUAAACUUGCUAUAGUGAAGUUACUUUUGAGAUACUCAAUAGAACAAUCUUCAAAAACAAAAAAACCAUUGGUAUUGGAUGCCACAUCAUUUUUGACAUAUCCGAAGGGGGGAUGGUGGGCAAGAUUCAAAAAGUUAUCCGACUAAAUUAAAUUAAUCUUCGACAUUCUGUCAAAACAAUUGUACAAAAAAUACAGUGAUUUCACAUACAAAUUCGAUGUAUUGUUUUCUACUAGUGAAUAAAAAACAUGUUUGUAAUAAAAAUCACACAGCUUA